AUGAGGAGCCACCUAACCAACCUUCCCCCAGAAGUGCUCAGCGCCGUUUUCUCACACCUCCGGCCUCGCGCCUUGCGUCAAUGCCUUCUCGUGAACUCCGCCUUCAACACUCUUGCCCGCCCCCAUCUGUUUCGCUACAUCGCCGCCUUCGGAGACGAGGCUGAACCGUGCUUCUUUCUCCUCCACGACAAUGCCAUCUUGGAAGCAGUCGCCGUAAUUGGUGACAUCGACGAAGACCAGCCAAUCCCGAAGGACCUUAGUUACAUGCGUUUGUUUGCCCACGCGCACUGUUGCAAUCGGGAGCGAGAACCCUUCUCCUCGCCAACCGGUUCGCCAUUCAUCUCCUCCUGCCGUGUGCUCAACGUGCACCUGGCCUUGCCGGACGACGAAGACAACAUAUCCAGCGCGCAUGCUGACUAUUUCAACCCAGGAUGGAGGCUUGCCGAUCGACCCCUGGAAGGACCAUACCUGCAGCCCCUGCAAUGUCACAUUCUGCACCACGCUCUCGAAAACGCCAGAGUCGACAAGCUCGUGCUCCGCAAUGUGCCUGUGAUCUACGGCAACGUAGACCCAGACCUCUUGCCCCCCUCAGCAGCUGAGACAGUGAAGGAGGCGGUCUUGGUGCUCAACGUCGACUCCAUGAACGAGGCGAACAGAUCCCUCGUGGAGGAUUACCUCGCCGAGAGCUUCGACUGCUUUGAGGAAGAGCACGAUGGCAUCGAGAGUGUUCGACCAUGCAUGGAACCCGGGGAACUCGAGCGCCCAGAGAUAGGGAGCCUCGCUUCGGCCGUCCCUCCUAACGUUGAAGAUCUGACGCUCGUCUUCUGGACUCCCCGGCCCAGGACGGACGCAACGCCAACCUGUUGCAUGCCCGUUCCGCUCUGCGAGGAGUGCAAAACAAAGGACAGCGAAGAUACCAGCGAUGCCGAGAAGCAGCCGUCAUGCUGGCAGGAGAAAUUUUGGAACGACUUGGCAGAUACCGUCGCCCCCAGGCUGCUUCACCAGCUUCGCGCGGUCACGAUCGUCAACGCCAGCGCCAUUGUCCCCGCUGGAGCCGUACGAGAGCAGUAUGUCCGACCCAUCUCGACCGGCGUCGCCGUUCACGCCACGUUUGAGAAGAAGUUCCGUAACACACUCUCCAGCCGCCUCACUGGUGAAUACGGCGUCCAGUCCGGCCGUGUCAAAGAGUACGUCGACCGUGUCCACUUCGAGUACAUGAACGACUGGCUGCUCUCGACGGAAUGGGAGGACGUUUUCGAAUGGUCGGAAGUCAAGCCGUGGCUCCAGUCCAAGCGUCCAGCCCUCAUCACCGACUACUUCAAGCCCGUCAACCCAAACUCAGUCCAGUGGCGCAAGGACAUGAACCCAACGGAGCGCAUCUCGCUCCGCCACAAGCGCUCGACCAUGAAGCGCACAAAGCCGAACAAGUAUACCUGGAAUCACUGA